ACCAUCUUCCCCCGCCAGUGGGUCAGUCACCUGGGGUCAUCCAGAUCUUCGCAGGCUCAAGCUGCCCACAUCAAGAUAGUUGCUACGAGGUGCUUCAAGGCUGCUUCAAGUUGCUACAUGGAGUCCAUGCAGUCAUGUUCGUCCACAAGCAGACACGACCUGCAUUGCCCUGUCUGCCUCCAAACGGCCAGUUUCCCAGUUCAGACAAACUGCGGCCAUGUGUUUUGUGCUCGCUGCCUGAUCACAUACUGGAGGCACGGCUCAUGGCUGGACGCAAUCAGCUGUCCUCUUUGUAGACAGAAGGUCAGUCUGAUUUGUCAUAUGUUUAACGGGAGCCGAGUGGAUCAACAGUCGAAGGAGGUUCUUUUGGAAAUCACAGACUACAACAAGCGUUACUCCGGAGCGCCACGAAGGGUAAUAGAUUACCUCUGCGACGCCCCGCUGCUGCUGCGGUCGCUGGCCCGGAGCCUGGGCACCACCGGAGGACUGGUGUGGCUGUUUCUCUUCAGAGUGGCUCUGUGCUGCGUGGGGACGGUGCUGUCCGUCGCCUACCCUCCUCUGGACAUUGCGUCUUCCUCAUCAGGUCCCCAGGAUGCAGACCCCUCCAUCUGUGGGCUACUGGGGGUCCUGGAUGAUCUGGUGGUGGUCACCCUCCUGAUCAUCUGCAUUAUUAGUAUCAUCCAGCAUAUGGGGCCAGACAGAGGACAUUUUGAAGACUCUACAGCCUCACAUGAAGCAACAGGAGAGUCACUGGAGAUAGAGGGUGCUUGAGUGUGUGAUACAAGCUGUUUAACACAGUCUUUUAU